UUUUUCAUUUUACAUCUAGCAUCUUCCCCCCCACAGUACCAGUCUCUGCACACAACCCCAUUGGAACAAGAAAGAAAGAGACUCACCAGCUAUACCCCACAACUCCCUCACUUUACUCUCCUCCUUCUUGUUCUUGUUCUUGUUCUUGUUCCAAUACAGAAAAGAAAGUCUCAUUGCAUUCGGUAUCUGUAUCCUCUUCUUCAAUCCAGCGCCAUGGAUACCUCCGUCUAUGGUGUCUGCAACCACAAGAACUUCUCCUUCUUCCUCAUUCUCGUAUUCCUCGUCCCAUUCCUUCUCCAUUCCGCAUCGUCUUCAACCUCUCCUCAGAUCAACUCAAAUUCCAUCCUCGUCGCGCUCUUGGAUUCUCACUACACCGAACUCGCCGAGCUAGUAGAGAAGGCACUCCUCCUUCAGAAGCUUGAAGAAGCUGUCGGCAACCACAACAUCACAAUCUUCGCACCACGCAACCAUGCUCUCGAGCGAGACCUCGACCCUGAGUUCAAGCGCUUCCUUCUCGAACCUCGAAACCUCAACUCACUCCAGACCCUCCUCAUGUCCCACAUUCUCCCCACUCGCAGCAACGGAGAUGGGGCGGUUGGUGUCUGAGGGUUACGUCCUAACGGUUCUGGCGCCGAACGACGAGGCCAUGGCGAAGCUUACGACGGAUCAAUUGAGCGAACCGGGGGCGCCGGAGCAGAUCAUAUACUAUCACAUCAUACCGGAGUACCAGACGGAGGAGAGUAUGUACAAUGCCGUUAGAAGGUUCGGGAAGAUUCGUUACGAUACGUUGCGGUUGCCGCAUAAGGUUGCGGCUCAGGAAGCUGAUGGCUCUGUAAAAUUCGGAAAUGGCGAUGGCUCUGCGUAUUUGUUUGAUCCUGAUAUCUAUACGGACGGAAGGAUCUCCGUCCAGGGGAUCGACGGCGUUCUUUUCCCGCGGGAGGAGGAGGAGGAAGACAAUAAGGCGGCGGCUCGCCGUAGAACAACCCCGCUUGUUAAAGUUGCUGCCAAGCCUAGGAGAGGGAAAUUGAUGCAAGUCGCUUGUGGCAUGCUUGGAGCUUUUGGCUCAGUCUGCUAAUGAAAUCGCCAUUCCAACUAAUCGCUGAAAAAAAAAAGAUUUAAAAAAAAAUAAAGAGUGAAUUUGUGUACACAAGUUGAGGAAUGUUGUAGAGAGUUAAUACAAAAGUUGCCCAAAAAAAAAAGCGAUUACGUUGCAGGAUAUCGGUGGACAUACAGAAGAAGACAACGAUUUUUCUGUCAUUUUGUUUCAUACUGUAAUUACAUAUCAUUUUUUUAUUAAAUUUUUAUCUUAUGUUGGUAAUGUCUCUGUAAUCUGUAUGCAUAAAUAACCUUGGAAUACGACACUUCAUCACGGGUUGCAAUUUGCAUA